AGUCCCACCAGUCCAGUGGCCAGACCUUUCGUGGGAUCGCCUGACAAGCCUGGAGCCCCACCUGACCCAGGCCCACCUGCUGCAGCCCCGUGCCUGGCCAUGACCGUCACCUACUCAAGCCAAGUGGCUAAUGCCCGCCUGGGCUCCUUCUCCCGCCUGCUGCUGUGCUGGCGGGGCAGCAUCUACAAGCUGCUGUACGGCGAGUUCCUCAUCUUCCUGCUCAGCUAUUACACCAUCCGCUUCAUCUACAGGAUGGCCCUCACAGAGGAACAGCAGGUGAUGUUCGAGAAGCUGACUCUGUAUUGCGACAGCUACAUCCAGCUCAUCCCCAUUUCCUUCGUGCUGGGCUUCUACGUGACGCUGGUCGUGACGCGCUGGUGGAACCAGUAUGAGAACCUGCCGUGGCCCGACCGCCUCAUGAACCUGGUGUCGGGCUUCGUGGAGGGCAGCGACGAGCAGGGCCGGCUGCUGCGGCGCACGCUCAUGCGCUACGUCAACCUGGGCAACGUGCUCAUCCUGCGCAGCGUCAGCGCCGCCGUCUACAAGCGCUUUCCCAGCUCCCAGCACCUGGUGAAAGCAGGCUUCAUGACCCCCGCGGAGCACAAGCACUUAGAAAAAUUCAGCUUGCCGCACAACACGUUCUGGGUACCCUGGGUGUGGUUUGCCAACCUGUCAGUGAAGGCCUGGAUUGGAGGUCGAAUCCGGGACCCUGUCCUGCUCCAGAGCCUGCUGAACGAGAUGAACACCUUGCGUACUCAGUGUGGACACCUCUAUGCCUACGACUGGAUUAGUAUCCCGCUGGUGUACACGCAGGUGGUGACCGUGGCGGUGUACAGCUUCUUCCUGGCUUGCCUGAUCGGGCGGCAGUUUCUGAACCCAGCCAAAGCCUACCCCGGCCACGAGCUGGACCUCGUGGUACCCGUCUUCACGUUCUUGCAGUUCUUUUUCUACGCUGGCUGGCUGAAGGUGGCAGAGCAACUCAUCAACCCCUUUGGAGAGGAUGAUGAUGACUUUGAGACCAACUGGAUUGUCGACAGGAGCUUGCAGGUGUCCCUGUUGGCCGUGGACGAGAUGCACCAGGACCUGCCCCCAAUGGAGCGGGACAUGUACUGGAACGAGCCAGAACCACAUCCCCCCUACACAGCUGCUUCCGCCCAGUCUUGUCGACCCUCCUUUUUUGGCUCCACCUUCAACAUCAGUCUGCAUAAGGAAGAGAUGGAGUUUCAGCCAAAUCAGGAAGAGGAGGAGGAGGGCGCUCACCCUGGCAUCAUUGGCCGCUUCCUAGGGCUGCAGUCUCAUGACCACCAUCCCCCCAGGACAAAUUCAAAGACCAAACUGCUAUGGCCCAAGAAAGAAGUCCUUCUCCAUGAGGGCCAGCUCAAGAACCUCGGGGGGGCCAGACAGAACUCUAGGGACCAGGAAGACAGCAAGGCCUGGAAGAUUAGAGGGGAGGAUGCCUUCAGGUCCGCGGCACUGUAUGGGAGGUCAGGCUACCACAGUGCCCCACAGACACCGCUCAGCCACACCCCGAUGGUCUUCCCACCUGGACAGUCAGCACCCUCCAGUCUUUGCAGAGUCUCGGGCAUAGACGGCACUGGCAAAGACCAAAGCCUACAGCUUGUGACUCCUGGGACCAAGAAGAGCUUUGAAUUGCUCCCAGAGUGUGCUGGGCCCUCCACGGAGCACCCAGAGUUGUGUCACAUGAAGAGGAAAACUGUUGAAUUUAACCUGACGGACAUGUCAGAGGCCCCCGAAUGUUAUCUCAGAGAACCGCAUUUGGAGCAAUCGACGAACAACAUACACACCAUACUCAAAGAUCACGGAGACCCCUAUUGGGCACUGGAAAACAGGUCUGCCCUCUACAAACCCAGGGAUGAAGCACACUCCUAAGCCUGUUUCCCAUGAGAGAUGGACGCUUCACCGGCCUGGUCCUACCUGCAUGUACACCAGCAGGACACUGACCCAGUCACAGCCAUAUAGCUGUCCACACUGAAUAUGUUCCUAUGACAGCCUGAAUUCAAUGGUUAGCUUAAUGGACAACAAAAAUCAGUAGUUUCAGGACUAUUUAAGCCUUUAAAUGCCUUUUGUACAUAAAAAUUGUGAAAGCUAGAACGAGCCACUGGAAACAUGUAAUUCAAAACACCUAAUUCAGAAUCAGGAGUCCUUAAGACCUGUCUGAAUUCAACACACCCAAGCCUUGGUAUCUUUCCCAAACUAAGGAGUUUAAUAAAUGCAAAUCCUCCUAGCUGUCUCAUUUUCA